AUGACGGCAUCGUUCCAGGACCAAGGGCUCCUGCUAAGGCACCUACUAGAUGCCUGCAUCCCAUUCGCAACGGGAUGCACUUCGGGCAUGAUUGCCACGAUAUGCGUGCAGCCGAUCGAUACCGUCAAGGUCCGCAUGCAGUUGGUGGAGCAAGGCCCUGGCAGGUCGUCACCGUGGAGGGUAGCAAGAGACAUGACUCUGCAAAACGGCUUCCUCAACCUCUACCAGGGCCUGUCUGCCGGGCUUCUCAGGCAGUUGGUAUACGGCACCCUCCGACUCGGGCUCUUCUCGACCCUGGAGCAGAGGCUUGAGCGCCGGGCAAGGGACCAAGGGACCACGCUCGGCUUCCAAGGACGGGCUUUAGCGGGCAUCACCGCCGGAGCUGUGGCUGCCUUGAUUGGGAAUCCAACAGAGGUGGCACUAAUCAGGAUGCAGGCCGACGGUAUGAAGCCCCUGGAACAGCGCGAGCGAUUCACAUCAGCGUUCAAUGCCCUCGGGCGCAUCGCCAGACAGGAAGGGGUCUUGAGCCUCUGGAAUGGCGUGGCGCCCACAGUCAUCCGGGCCAUGUCGACCAACUUUGGCCAGCUGGCCUUCUUCUCCGAAGCCAAGCACCAGAUCAAGACGCACACCCACUUAUCGACCCGAAAGCAGACUGCCCUGGCCGCUUCCUUCGCAGGGCUUGCUGGAGCAAUCAUCAGCCUGCCGUUUGACUUUGUCAAGACGCGCCUGCAGAACCAGUCCAUGACGGGUUUCUCCCGAAGCUUGCCAAUUUAUGCUGGCACCGCCGACUGUUUCUCCCAGGUGAUUCGGAGAGAAGGCUUCUUCAGGUUCUAUCGAGAUUUUUGGCCCUAUUUCCUCCGGGUAGGACCGCACUCGUGA